GCGCCGAUCUAGAUGCGUCACAGCGGCGGGUGAAAGAGAAGCGACGGUUCUUGCUCUCGGGCAUCGUAGACUGACGUGAUUGCUCUGCGCUGCUGCGAAUAUGGUGGCCGCCUGUGGAAAUAUUUCGGGUCUCAGUGCACUGCUACAAGGGCGCCUUUUUUGGCUAAAUCGGAUCUCUGUUUACUACUCAACCGCCCUGAAGGUCGACAGUGGCCGGAACAAAGGUGCAUCAGUACGAGGAGGAAGGGCCUCUCAAAAUGGUAAAUCCCGGAGAGAGAAUGGAAUUCCCAGGACUGUGAAGAUGGAGGUUGAUCAGGACUGGACCAAUGUGUACCCAGCUGCAGCUGCUUUUAAACCUUCCUCUGUGCCCCUUCCUGUUCGGAUGGGCUACCCGGUGAAAAGGGGUGUACCUCUAGAAAAAGAAGGGAACUUGGAACUCUUAAAGAUCCCCAAUUUUUUGCAUCUGACACCAGUUGCCAUCAGGAAGCAUUGUGCUGCUCUAAAAGGCUUCUGCACAGAGUGGCCAGCUGUCCUGGAUAAUGAUGAGAAAUGUUUGCAGCACUUUCCCAUUGAAGUUGACACAGUAGACUACAUUUCAGCAGGCCCAUCUGUUCGUAAUCCUAAAGCAAGAGUGGUGACCCUAAGAGUUAAGCUUUCAAGCCUCAACUUGGAUGAUCACGCAAAGAAGAAGCUCAUUAAACUUGUAGGAGAGAGGUAUUGCAAGGGCACAGAUACCCUUACCAUUACAACAGACAGGUGUCCUUUAAGAAGACAAAAUUAUGACUAUGGAGUGUACCUUCUGACAGUUUUAUUCCAUGAAUCAUGGAAAGCAGAACAGUGGGAAAAAGAAAAGACAGAGGUUGACAUGGAGGAAUACAUCUGGGAGAAUAGCGCCUCUGAGAAGAAUGCUUUGGACACACUGCUUCGAAUAAGAGCAGCUGAAAAAACUGAAGAAGCUAGUCGAGAGGAGCUUCUGGCCUCAGAGAAAAUUCUGGCUUAUAGAAAGUCAAUGCUUGUGUUGAAAAAUGAAGGAGAAACAGAAAAGAACCUUUCUGAGUAUAAAAACUCUGUCAAGAGACUACUAAACAUGCAGGAUUUGUAGUAAAAAUAACUCUUCAGUCUUUGCUACAUGCGUGUCUAGGAAGUUGUACUUCAUAAAAUGCAGCGUAUCCAAUUUACACUUAGUGACAACCUUUAUGCUUUUAGUUUCUUGCUCAAAUGAUAUUGCUCUUCCAGAAAUCUGCAUUCCUUCCAAAUAAAAAUUCAUUGCCCCAGAAAA